AUGAGCCAGAAAAGAAAGCAAACAACAGAUGAUUCUGCUGCUGCUAUACCAUCAAACCGCACAACUACAAGGCUACGACGAGCACCUAAGGCACGAAUUCAAAACUUUGUACUGGUUUGGCUUGAUGCAACGAUCGAUGAAGUUCACAAUCAAGACUCCAUCAAUACAAUUUCUAAAUUAAGAGAAAUUGUUAACAUUGUUAACACCUUCAUCAAUGCCGAUGAAUGUGUCAAUUUUAUCACCGACGUCAAAGAAGAAGAAAUUUUCAUGAUCUUUUCAGAUGCAUUUGGACAAACAAUCGUUCCCCUUAUCCAUGAAAUACGGCAGAUUAGCCUCAUUUACAUUUUCUGUGACCAAAAAACUUGUGAUGAACAAUGGACAAAACAAUGGCCAAAAGUCAAGGGUGUUUUCACAGAUAUUAAACCUAUCUAUGAAGCACUCAAACAAGCUAUACAAAUGUAUGAACAAAACACCAUUUCUAUGAGUUUUGUCCCACCAACUACUGGCACUACAAAUCAAAAUUUAAAUGAAUUAGAUAAAUCGUUUAUGUAUACACAUAUACUAAAGGAAAUACUUUUAACAAUUGAUUUUGAACGCCAGCAUAUCAACGAAUUUAUAUCGUAUUGUCGUGAACAAUUCAUUGGUGAUAUGAAUAAACCUGCAUUUAUUGAUAAACUUGAGCAAGAAUAUGAAAAGCAUGUUCCCAUCUGGUGGUAUACUUUUGGAUGUUCUUUUUAUUCAAUGUUGAAUCGGGCAUUACGAAUGAUGGAAGUGGAACUAAUCAUUGACAUGGGUUUUUUCGUUCGAGAUCUUCACAAACAGAUUACUCAACUUCACUCACAACAAUAUGCUGGUCACACUCAUUCGGAUACUUUUACUGUAUAUCGUGGUCUGGGUUUAUCCCACACAGACUUUGAACAAUUGAUAAGGAUCAAAGGUGGAUUAUUAUCAUUCAAUAAUUUCUUGUCGACUAGUAUGAAUCGACAAAUAUCACUCACUUUUGCUCUGUCAAAUAGUGAAGCUAACGAUCUAGUGGGUAUCUUAUUCGUCAUCCAAAUUGAUCCUUCAAUAUCUUCAACACCAUUCGCCAAUAUUCGUGAUGUGAGUUAUUAUGAGGGAGAAGAAGAAAUUCUUUUCUCCAUGCAUUCCAUCUUUCGAAUCGGGCAAACGAAACAAAUUGAUGGAAAUGAUCGUCUUUGGCAGGUGGAUUUAACACUAACUAGUGAUAAUGAUCCGCAAUUGCAUGCUUUAACUGAAUAUAUACGGGAAGAGACAUUUCCGGAAGAAAAAGGAUGGUAUCGAUUGGGUAACCUACUGAUUAAACUUGAUCAGUUUGACAAAGCUCAACAAGUGUAUGAAGUCAUGCUUGAUCAGACAGCUGAUGAUCAUGAAAAAGCAAAUAUUUAUCAUAUGCUUGGAGUAGUCAAGGACAACCAAGAGACAUAUGCAGAAGCAAUUAUAUUGUAUCAAAAAUCAAAUGAAAUCCUUCAGAAGAUACUCUCUCCUACUCACGCUGAUAUGGCUAGUUCUUACAACAACAUCGGUAUGGUAUAUUAUAAAAUGGGCGAGUACUCGGAAGCAUUAUCAUUUUUUCAACAAGCGCUUAAAAUCUACCAAAAAACUCUGCCUGCAGAUCAUUCUCAUCUCGCUAGUUCUUAUAACAACAUCGGCUCGGUGUAUGAUGACAUUGGCGAGUACUCGAAAGCGCUUUCAUAUUAUAGAAAAGGUCUUGAAAUAUCAGAAAAAAUUCUUCCUUCCAAUCAUCCUGAUUUGGCUACUUCGUACGAUAACAUCGGCUUGAUGUAUGGUGAGAUGGGCGAGUAUUCGAAAGCACUUUCAGCUGGUGAAACAGCACUUGAAAUUCGACAAAAAACUCUUCCUUCGAAUCAUCCUGCUUUAGCUGCUUCUCACAAUAAUAUCGGUAUGGUAUAUUAUAAGAUGAGCGAGUACUCGAAAGCACUAUCAUUUUUUCAACAAGCACUUGAAAUCUACCAAAAAACCCUUACUCCAAAUCAUCGCCAUCUAGCUAGUUCUUACAGUAACAUCGGUUCGGUGUAUGAUGAAAUUGGCGAAUACUCGAAAGCACUUUCAUAUUAUGAAAAAGACCUCGAAAUAUUGAAAAAAACUCUUCGUUCCAAUCAUCCUGAUUUGGCUACGUCUUACAAUAAUAUCGGCUUGAUUUAUGGUAAGGUGGGCGAAUACUCGAAAGCAUUUUCGUCUCAUGAAAAAGCCCUUGAAAUUCGACAAAAAACUCUUCCUUCGAAUCAUCCGAGUUUGGCUCAGUCUUAUGGACAUAUUGGAAUGGUGUCUUCUAAAAUGGGAGAACAUUCAAAAGCAGUUUUAUAUUGCGCACAAGCGCUUAAAAUAGUAGAACAUUCACUACAUCCUGAUCAUCCGACUAUUCGGUUAUAUAAGGAUAAUCUCGAAUAUGUUAAAAAGGAAAUGUAA